AUGGAGGCUGAGGUGAAGGAGAAGAUGUACCUGGAUGCCAUUCAGGUGCUUCAGUUUGCAGGGGUUGAAAAAUUCACCCCCGAGGUGGGUGAACAACUUGACAUGGAAAAACAUUCUGUCGUUCAUCUUGUACUUGAUCUAAAGAAUCCUCCGGGCAUGAUAGUUCAAGUUUUUGAGGAGGGAUACAUUUGCAAUGGGCGGAUUCUUAGACGCGCAAAGACCGACAAAAGGUUCAACCUUCUCCAAGCGAAACCAGAAAGUUUUCAGAAUGAGGCUGAGGUGAAGGAUAAGAUGUACCUGGAUGCCAUUGAGGUGCUUCAGUUUGCAGGGGUUGAAAAAUUCACCCCCGAGGUGGGUGAACAACUUGACAUGGAAAAACAUUCUGUCGUUCAUCUUGUACUUGAUCUAAAGAAUCCUCCGGGCAUGAUAGUUCAAGUUUUUGAGGAGGGAUACAUUUGCAAUGGGCGGAUUCUUAGACGCGCAAAGGUAGGAGUCUCACGUGCUGUGGAGACCAGGGGAAGAAGCAAAAACGCAUGA